AUGCAGGAAGAAAUCCGACCUGCCGCGGAAAUCCCAGUGGUAUUCGAGGCGGAGAGUUCGACUGCUGCUUCCGAUCGUUCCAGUGCGCUUGCGCUGCGGGAGCAAGCACCAGAAAGAAAACAAGCUCACGCCCUGCAUCUCAUCUUACCCUUCGACUCUGAGCCUAUCCCCGGAGCGCUUGUUGAAGAUGCACUCGAUACGAUCUCCCAAAUGAUGCCCGACCAUAGUUUCCUCUUUCCCGUCCGCAAGUACCGCGCCGUCAUGCAGAACUGUGACUGGGACGUUCGCCUGCUUGCGCCACAAGAGCGCGUCCUCACCACAUGCCUCCUCGCCUUCGCCUCCCUCGUCUCGGUCAACCCUUUCUACGUCGGGCACGACGCCAAUGGACACAAAUUCCCUGACACACAUCUGCGCUGGGAGAAAGUCAACUCCGGUUAUAUGGAAGCCAUCGACAUACGAGAGAUUGGACGCAGGAGGAGACCAAUUUGCACGCGGUUCUACGGAGAGGCUGUCCGUCAAGCGCACCAAGACGGAAUCACCUCUUUCGCUUCGAAGGAGAACGCGGUGUCGUGUAUACUGCUCAAUAUGCUCGACGUCAUAUACGAUCCACAGACUUCCAUGCCAUGGGCCAACGCUGCCAUCUGGCAACUUCGAACGAUAUGCGAGCAAGUUGCGACAGACAUUUUCCGAGGUGCAACUCCACGUGGUACAUCAGAGGUGGUAGAGCGAAUUCAAUAUCGAGCAAGUAUGUCUGCUAUCGCUGCAUGCUGCGUCAGCAAAGGGAAAAGCAUGCCCUUUUCGCCCCACGACGAGGCGGUUAUUGCCGGGCCCGAACCCAAGAACAUCGACGACCUCCUUGCAAAAAUAGCGGAUUAUUCCCGACACCAUGCUGUCGUGGACUCCCUGAACUCGAUUGGCGCGCGCUACAUUCGACUGACUCGUGAUGCGCUCGAGAACAUCGUCGGAGUCGUUGCGCUUCACGAACCCCUCGACGAACUGGAGGUCUCACGGCACGUCUCUGCCGUCGAGCAGUCCUUUACUACCGUCUCCCGCUUCCGCAGGUUCAUCCAGAGCCUCGGCGACGAGCGCGAGCUUCGCCUGUGUCUGUACAGCACUUCCGCGACCUACACAUCGCUAGCGGUCGCACUUUACCACACCCUCAGACGCCGCCUGAGCGAGAGCGCGGUGUCAGCAACCGGUCAGGCGGCGCGUUUGAUCGCGCUCUGCAGGCGGAGUCGAGCAAUCGCUGCUCGCUAUGUCGUCGAGGCUGUCAACGAUCUCCGAGGGCUUAUCGCGGCCCACUGGUUAGGCUGGUUCACGGCGUUUCGCUUUGAGGCAUGGGCAGAGAUCCUGCUGAACGACAAGAAUGGUGAGGCGCUCGACGAGAAUGAGGUCAGCGAGGAGGAGCGCCUGGGGACGCUGAUGUCCUUGCGCGAAAUGUUGCAGUUCAGCCUGUUUAUAGGCAUCGAGCGUCCGCAGAUCGUCGCAGCCAUCACCUCUGAGCUUGAUCCGCUUCGCGCAGGAUUUUCUGGCUUGAGCUCCGAGCCCCAACAAUCACCUCAAACGGGCAACAACACUACAGCAUCACCGAGUUCAUCACUGCUGAGCGACGCGCUCUCGUUCGCCAGCACCCCCACAUUUCCGACCGACGUACCUAUGCUCAGUGGCGACCAAUCUGCUCCUUCCGCACAUCCUGCGGUGACACCUGCAAUCCGGCUAUCGCCGCUCCUUGCGCAUCUUCCGCUGUUCUUCAUCACCCAUCCGCGCCCGGUCCUCAUCUCGUCCUCCGAGAAAUCUCGACGAUCUUACACUAACAUGAUGAGUCUCCACGGAGAUACCCACCCGAUUUUCCCGCCUGAGCUCAUCUGCAUGGUCGUCGAGAAUCUAGUCGCCGAGAAGGACAUUCCCUCCUUGAGGCAAUGUGCUUUGUCGCUAAGAUGCGCGCUUCCCACCGUCCGACGUUGUCUAUUCGCUUUGAUCAUUCUUCAUGUUAAAGUCUCCCCAAAGCCUUCGACCUUGAUCACAGACGGCCGAGCACAGGCGACCCCUGCGCAGCGCCUGUUGGAGGUCGUGACCACCGCUCCACCUCUGGCAGGUUAUGUCCGCGGUUUGUACCUGGAUAUCAACAUUGCAACUGGGGUACGCGCCCGCGACGACCCAGGUGAUGCUGUUCCACCUCUCCUCGCUCUCUUCAGACAUCUAGAAUGUAUGGAGAUAUGCGCAGUCUCAUCUCAUGAAGACGAACCGGAAAUUCCUCUCAGGAUUGUUGCUGCGAUUGAUCAUCCCUCAUUGACCACGCUGCGCCUGUCCUCUGUCAUAUUCCCCGUGUCGGCCUUCGACAAGCUAUCCGCCCUCCAAAACGUUAUCCUCUUCGAUGCAGUGCUCGUCUACGAGGUCAACGACCAUCCCACACAAUCUCUCGUUUGUCCGAAAGUAGAGCAGCUUGGUGUAUCCACCAGAUUCGGAGGUGGUAUUCAGGAUUUCUACAGCCCUCUGUUCUUCAUAUCGCCUCCGCCGUACUUCUGUCACCUCGUAUAUCUGGAUGUCCGAAACGUUCUCGAGGGUUAUCCGAACAUAAUCAGCAUCUUACAUGCCUGUAGUGGUACGCUCCAGUAUCUGGAUUUGCCCUGUCCUGUUGGCGUUGCCUCCAUUGCUGGUCAGCAGUUGUCUAUGCUCAAGUCCCUUCGUCGCCUCGCGGUCUAUCAAACUUUCAUGUCUACGAGCAUACACGGGUGGCUUCGCGAAUCCCUCGAAACUAUCUGCGUACCCCACCUUUCCCUGGUACUAGUGCUUGAAGAGCCUGGUGAAGAUAUACAGGCCACCAUCGACAUGUACGCGUUCCUGCAGUCUCAAGCGCAGGAUUGGAGGCUUUUGGAUCGAAUUACGAGCGGCGAUGUCGUGCGGUAUGACAGUGUCAAGAUCCGUGUGCUCUCUGCCAUGGGACCAGACCCUGAAGUCCCUGACACGCUCUAUUGCUUCUAUAACUGCGACCGCGCGACCGCGUUGUUGCUUGAGCUCCUCGAGAAUACCGCGGAGAAAAGCGCAUUGUCCGUGUCAAUUGAUGGACACCCUGGUGCUGAGGUGCCACGAAGCGCGCGUGUCGAAGUCGCAUGA